AUGUUAGUCCUACUCUCUGGCAUGCUUGAUCAGGAGCCCCGAAGGCCAAUGGGAGAAUGGCUCAUUCUCGAUGAAGCCCAUGCAAUCAAAAACCGAGAGAGCCGCACAUACCAUUCCAUCUUAACUCUCAGACUUCAGUUCGACAGCUGUCUCAUGAUGACAGGCACACCACUAGACAACAAGUGGGAUGAUGGCUAUGCUCUUCUAAGUAUGCUCCACGGCCAUCCAAUAACCAGCUUCCUCCCCUUCCAGGCAGCGUUCCUCCAGAGCUUGUCUUCAAGCCCUGACUUCCCUGAAGGCUUCCACAGAGAGAGAUAUAUCCAGAUGCUCGACGCCUGCAGCCUUCGUCGACCACAGACCACAAUCGAACAGGAGUUCCCAAUGCUUGGUCGAAAACGCAUUGUAACUUUCGCUCUCGACCCUGAGGAUCGAAGGCGGUCCAAUGACGCCUACAACAUGUUCAAGAAGUCCAGAAAACCCGGUAGCAGGGGUGGAAAGCUUGCGGGCUGGAAGUAUCUUGUACAGGCCCAGCAGUAUGCUUGCCAUCUUAUGCUGGUUGAGCUCAAGUUUGAGAGGGCAGCCCUGGCAAGAGCCAUGUGCCUCAACGAGGCCAUGGACACGAUCGAGGAAGGCGACCAAGCAGCGACAGAUCAGCUCGUCCAGAACUGCAGCUCGAGUACAAUGGGCGGCUAG